AUGCAGCUAGUAGCGACGCCGUCCGACCACCCAAUCAUCACGCACGCUAGCUACGUUCCCGGCCCAGAGCCUGGCUGCCUCUUGACCAUCACCGCGGCUGCACGAGGACCGCCUGCGGAAGUGCUGGUCCACUCACAGCCUGCAGCGCUGCAGGAGUUGCGUCGCUUUGCCGGCCCAGAUGUCGAUAUUUCAUCCGUUCUUCCGGACCCGGAGCUGUCGCGUGUGGUUAUGCUGUGGACGAGUGUCAACUGCACGAGAGACACUUUCAAACGUGUUGUACUGGCGACUUCGCGUCGACACGGCGCUCAAGAUAUUGACGGGCGCAAGUCAGACUGGAAGAUGGAUCACCCAGCCAUAUGCGCGGCACUGAGUAAGGUGGACUGGCUGGACCUGCGCCGAAUCACAGGGGCCACCGUCUGGAGUGUACAAGUUCUCUAUAGGUUGAAGCUACGGGCCUUUUCAUAUUGGGAUGCGGUUCACGGGAGGCCCGGGUGUCCUCUUCCGGUCUGCCUCCAAUCGGCGAGUCGCCGACGGCGACUGGUGCGGCUCACAUUUUCUGGGAGUGCGCUGGGGCUGGCCGCCUUUGGACGGUUUUUUUAG